GUUCCUCCUCUAAUCAUUGCCGCCUCUUUAUUUGUUCCCCCAAAACAAGUUUUUAUUUUCCUCUGGAAGAUCCAAAUUCUUAUCCUCUGAUAUCUUCAAGUAUUUUGGAUUUGCACCCUGAAAUGGCAGCCUCUUCUCAAGCUGGGGAUAUUACCGUAAAGAGGAGCUGCGCGACAACUUCAUUCCAGAUCUCUUGCGAGCGUUAAAAAGAGAUAAUAUCAAGUUCUUCAUAGAUGACAACUUGGAGAAAGGUAGACCAAUAGAUGAUCUCCUCAAGAUCAUUGAGAACUCGAAAAUCGUGCUUGCCUUGUUCUCCAAGCGAUAUCCAGAAUCUAAGUAUUGUUUGGACGAGCUUCACAAGAUGAAGGAGCUCGUGGUGGACCGCAAAAUCUUUGUGAUCCCUGUCUUUGUCAACGUGACAACGAGACAAGUGAAAAAAUUCGAAGGUGUGUUUGGCAAAAAAUUCGAGGAGAUGAGAGCCGAACAUCCACACAAGAUCAAUGAUUGGAAAGAAGCUGUGGAAUUAAUUUCACAAAGAAGCGGUGUGGUCUGGAGCGAUGCUAGGCUUCCCAGCCCUGGUCAUCCUCGUUAUCCCCAGCCAUGUCCCAAGACGGACAAAUAUGUUGUGAGGGAGACUGUUAAGGCAAUUGAGGAAGAGCUGAUCCAAUCAUAUGGAAGAGCUCCUAAAGAAUCAAAUGAUGGCCCGUUUGCAAACUUUAUGGCGUCGAUCAUUAUGGCAUUUGGCAGUGGCAUCUUGCUACCUCGUAUGCUUUUCACUGAUAAGGUAUUCAUCAACAUUGCUUUCUGGUUAGUAGCUAUUCCUGUUUUCUUUUACGUCGUUCAGAUUCCUAAAGAAGACAUGAGGGAAAACAAAAAGAAAAAGAAAUAUUGAAGUGUACGUGUAAACUGGUUUGUCUAUAGUUGUGUGUUGAGUAAACAA